AUGGAUUUUAUAUUCAAGCUUCCCCCCACAGUUCAGAGGCAUGACGGUAUUUGGGUGAUUGUGGAUCGACUUACUAAGUUUGCACAUUUCCUACCCAUUCGUGAGAAGUUUUCUCCUCAGAAGUUAGCAGAACUUUUUAUGAAUCAUAUAGUUAAGGAUCUCAAGUUUGAAAUUAGCGAUCGAGUAUUCUUAAGGCUCUCUCCUUGGAAAGGUGUAGUACGUUUUGGAAAACGAGGGAAGUUAAGUCCUUGCUACAUUGGACUGUAUGAGAUAGUAGAGAGGAUAGAUCCAGUGGCUUACAAGAUUGACUUGCCGGAGGAGCUUUCUCGAAUCCAUGAUGUUUUUCACAUGUCCAUGCUCCACAAGUAUAUCUCAGACCCAUCACAUAUGUUGGAGACAUCGGAGAUUGAAUUUAGGGAUGACUUGUCUUAUGAGGAGCAGCCAGUGCAAAUUUUAGGAAGGGAAGAGAAAAGGCUUCGCAACAAGACUAUAGCUUUGGUGAAGGUUCUUUGGAGAAACCAAAUUGUCAAGGAGGCGACUUGGGAGUGA